UCCAGAUCUUAUCCUUCCAUAUAUAAAGUUUGCCUUACAUUCCCUCACGAAGGGUCAACCCAAAACUCGAUACUCUACUCACUUGAGACUCCAAUCCCUCCAACCUCCACAACCUCAGAGACAUUAUGGAAAACCAGCCAGCCCGGAUGUCGGGCAACACCGACAAAUUGGCCUACUUCAAGCUCGAUGGCCGCGAGGUCAAGAAGAUCAGCCGCAAGGCUUUGUAUACCCGUCUCGAGGCCCGAAUCAAUUAUCUCAAGGACUUCCUUGACUUCAAUUCGAGCGAUAUGGAAGCCCUCGCAUCCGGUGCCAAAUACAUAAAGACACUCAUCCCCGCCGUCGUGAAUCUCGUCUACCGCAAGCUUCUCGAGUACGACAUAACCGCGCGCUCAUUUCACACCAAAGACACGGCAUCGGAGGCACCAAUUGAAGAUUUCUACAACGAAGACAGCCCGCCAAUCAUGCGGAGGAAGAUGUUCCUGCGGUGGUACCUGACGAAGAUCGUCACUGAUCCGAUGCAGAUGGAUUUCUGGAGGUAUUUGAAUAAAGUCGGUUUAAUGCACACAGCCCAGGAGCGCAUACACCCGUUGAACAUCGAAUAUAUCCAUAUGGGCGCUUGUCUCGGAUACAUCCAGGAUCUGUUCACCGAGGCUCUCCUGUCCCAUCCGACGCUGUCAAUCGCGCGCAAGACAGCCAUGAUCAGAGCGAUUAGCAAGAUCAUCUGGAUUCAAAACGACCUCAUUGCGCGCUGGCGAAUGCGUGAUGGCGAGGAGUUCGCUGAUGAGAUGUCUGAGUAUAUUAUCGACGAUAAGGAAGGGUACCUGGGUGACAAGAAGAUCCUUGGCGACAGUAGCAGCAGCAGCCGCUCUUCUUCGCGCUCGAUGGAGGAUGACCGCGUUAGCAUUGCGCCUUCGGUUGCCUCCGCGUGUCCUUUUGCUGAUUUGGCGCAACCGAUAACGCAAACCAAGAUCUGGGCUGGGAAAUAGGCGACCGCUCUUUAUUAAGAGAAAGGAUUAGACGGGUACGGGUAUGAUAAAGCAUUGCAGGCGUUUAACGGAUAAACAAGAAAACUCAUGAAAACGAUUUCCUUGGGCUCGUUAAUACAACAUAGUGUUUGAAUUAUGGGUUGGUGUCUAUUUCGCAGCCUUGGUCAGUUUCCCUCGCGCCACUCUUUCUAGAGCAAGGGCCACAAUAUAUAGUAUAAUAUCAUGGUUAGGCUCUCGACAUUUUUUCUGGUCGACGGCUCGUGGCAUAA